AUGGCAAGAGGCAACCAGACCAGCACUUUUGAAUUCCUCCUCUGGGGACUCUCAGAGCAGCCAGAGCAGCAGCGCAUCCUCUUCCUGCUCUUCCUGUGGAUGUACCUGGUUACUGUGGCUGGCAAUCUGCUCAUUGUCCUGGCCAUUGUUACUGAUGUUCGACUCCACACCCCCAUGUACUUCUUCCUGGCCAGCCUGUCUUGUGAUGACAUCCUUUUCACCUCCACCACGGUACCCAAGGCCCUGGUGAACAUCCGCUUCCAGAGCAGGACCAUCUCCUAUGCAGGAUGUCUGGUCCAGCUCUACUUCUUCCUAACCUUUGGAGACAUGGACAUCUUCCUCCUGGCCACAAUGGCCUAUGACCGAUUUGUGGCCAUUUGUCACCCUCUCCACUACACAAUGAUCAUGAGCUUCAGGCGUUGCUCACUCUUGGUGACAGCCUGCUGGACCCUUACAAAUCUUGUUGCCAUGACACACACCUUCCUCAUGUUCCGUCUCUCCUUCUGCUCCAAGAAGGUCAUUCCAGACUUCUUCUGUGACCUGGGACCCCUAAUGAAGAUCGCUUGCUCUGACACCCGAAUUAAUGAGCUUGUGCUUCUAUUCUUGGGGGGUGCUGUCAUAUUAAUCCCCUUUUUGCUCAUCCUUGUGUCUUAUAUCCGCAUUGUGUCAGCUAUCUUCAGAGUUCCUUCUGCCCAGGGGAGGCGCAAGGCCUUUUCUACCUGUGGGUCCCACCUUGCUGUGGUGGCCCUAUUCUUUGGAACAGUGAUAAGGGCUUAUUUGUGCCCCUCAUCCUCGUCCUCCAAUUCAGUGGUAGAGGACACAGCAGCUGCUGUCAUGUAUACAGUGGUGACUCCCUUACUGAAUCCCUUCAUUUACAGCCUGCGGAACAAAGACAUGAAGGGGGCACUUGUCAGAAUUGUCAGGGGCAAAGUCUCCUUCUCCUGGGACCGGUGGUUUUUGCAGAGAAGCUGA